AUGGGCUCCGCAGAUAAGGAAGGGCAGAAAAAAAAAGAUGAUGAUGGUACCGAGCUGGCGUUCCGGGAUUCGCUGACCCUCGGACCGGGUGAUAUCGUCUUCGCCGCAGAGAUUGUAGUACACAUCUCCCGCGUUUGCCCCAAAUAUGACCUUCGAUACGAGGAACUGGCGGGUGUAGUGUGGACUUCCGAUCAGCCUUGUCCACUUCCACUUUUCCUACUUCUUAAGAUGUCGCUCGAUGUGGAAGCUGCCAACGCGACUACCGGCGUGGCGGGUGUAGACGCGAGGCAGACGGCAGUCGGCGUGCGGAAGAGAGCAUCGCAUGAAAGGCUUGUUAAAGCAGCAAGCGAAUACCGCAGUGGAUGCCCGUUGUACUCUUUCCAGCUCGCGCUGGGGAAGGACUUCAAGAAUUUCCGCCGCUUCAAAACAGUGCGCAUGCGGAUGCUUCUUGUGAAACAAAACUCAAUAGCGGCCCUGGAACGCAAGCUCAAAACAGCCGACGAUGAAGAGGUGGCCGAGCUACGUCUCGGAUGCUUGGAGCGCGACAAUAACGAGGAAAGGGGGAGGGUCCUCAGAGAACUCGACACUGCCCUCAAGGACUACGGCAAGUAA